GUUCGAACAAGAGUUCCGGGUGGACCUUUUGAGCGAUUUCGGUGUUCAAAAUCUUUUCGGGGAAUCAGGAGAUGUUGUGAGGAUCGUGGCCCCUUUCACAACAUUCUGGUUGACAAGGUCGCUGUGAGUCGAAUGCACCUGCCUAUCACGGUUACUAUCAACUUGGUAGGCAGUCGUCCGGAUAUUGUGGAGUCAUACACGACCCUAGAAUAUUUAUCUGCCAGGGACAUCUGGUAGCUUGUUCCUUUUCAUAGCCAUCACCCUACGAGGCAUCUUGCCAUGGCGCCAAGCAGCACGCGACCAGAGCCAACUGAGACCUCACCACUACUCGAAGAACCGAGUCAGCCAAGCCAGCUUAAAGAUCCUGGUAGCGGGAUCGCACCUGCUGGAUCUGAAUACCACGAUGAGACGGACGAUGAAGACAACGAUAACGAGCGAGAUCUUGAGCGUCAGCCCAGCAAUGGUGACCAUUUCAAGCAACAAGGCCUACCCGAAGUCAAGAAACGGCUAAAGUACAUCUUUCCCGCCAUCGCCAUUGGUGUCUUCCUUUCUGCUGCAGACCAGACGCUCAUCGUCUCUACAUACGGAAUCAUCGGCACGGACCUCAAAGCUCUCUCCUCGACUUCCUGGAUAGCAACUGGCUACUUUCUCACUUUGACUGCAUUCCAGCCGCUCUAUGGCAAGCUGAGCGAUGUUUUUGGUCGCAAGGAGUGUCUCCUCUUUGGAUAUCUUAUCUUUGGCAUCGGCUCUAUGGCUUGUGGCUUUGCGCGCACCAUCGAAGAGCUUAUUGCAGCAAGAGCAUUUGCAGGUAUUGGAGGCGGCGGCAUGACUGUCUGCGUGAGUAUCAUGCUAUCUGACAUUGUAAGUCUAAGAGACAGGGGAACGUGGCAGGGGUACAUUAACCUGGUGUACGCGGGUGGCGCUGCAGCUGGUGCGCCUCUGGGCGGUCUUCUGGCUGAAAACAUCGGCUGGAGGUGGUCCUUCAUUGCACAGGGUCCUCUAUGCCUCGUCGCUUUACUUGCUGUCGCCAUUGUACUUCGGCUUCCGAAGCAAGAAGACUCGCACUGGAAAGAGAAGUUGGCCAGGAUUGACUUCCUCGGCGCUCUGAUUCUGAUUGUUGCUAUAUUCGGUCUACUUGUUGGACUGGACCGUGGCUCAAAUGUCGGCUGGAGCAAUCCAUUCACCAUCGCUGGGCUUUGCACUACUCCGCUGUUCAUCAUUUUCGUCCUCGUCGAGAAAUAUGUCGCAAAGCAUCCCUUCGCACCUGGUCAUAUCAUUCUGGACAAGUCUCUGGUCACAUGCUACCUAUGCAAUUUCUUUGCAUUCGGGGGAUGGUUAGCCGCCAUAUUCUUCAUCCCGCUGUACUGGCAAGUCACGUACGGCUACGGCGCGUCUCAAGCUGGACUUCUGCUUGUACCGUCUAUCAUCUCCGGCGUCAGUGGCUCGCUGUUUGGUGGUAUAUACAUGAAGCGCACAGCGAAGUAUUACUGGAUCACAGUCAUCGCCUACUCGAACUUGACCAUCGGCCUUUCCAUCAUCCUCCUUUUUGCCGGCACGCUCAUGCAAAGUCUGCCCGUCACGAUCGUGGGAACAUGCAUAUGUGGGUUUUCGAACGGCAUUGGAGUAACGACCACCCUCAUUGGACUAAUCGCAAAUGCCUCUCACUCCGAUCAAGCCGUCGCAACAGCAUGCAGCUACCUCUUCCGCUCGCUUGGCUCAGUCUUCGGCGUGUCGAUGUGCGCAACAGCCUUCAACCAGACAUUACGCUCGAGUCUCAAAACCGCACUCCGUGGUGAUAAAAAUGCUGAUGAGAUUGCCGAACGUGUUCGGGCGGGGCUUGCUUACUAUCGAAGUCUAGAGCCCCAUCUGCAAGGAAUUGUGCGCGAUUGCUACGGUCAGGCUACUCGAGCUGCUCUAUGCGUGAGUGUGGUGCUUGUCGCAGGAAGUGCGAUCUGUGCAUGGGGUAUCAAGGAAAAAAGAUUGGGAAGGUAGAUGAGUUGUAGUAAGGAUCUUGCACAGUGUGGUUCAUGCCUUUGCAGGUAAUCUAGCUCACUGUAUCAUUUUGGGACGUUUCACGAAUUUCAGACCAGUCGACCUAGUAUGGGCCCGAAUAGAACCAUCGCUUUUGUAUCCUCUUCCUCGUCUUUGUUGCACUGUCUGCUUUCUGUCUUUAGGGGAAGAUAGUAAAUAGAUUCCUUGGUUAAAGGUCCUGUCGGCCAAGAGCUGAACAGAAUGGGUAAUUCACAACUAGUCUAACCCUUGCAGGGAAAUACGAUUGUGUAUGUCACUUA